CCAUCGUGCAAGCAGCCAAGCACAUGGUGUACGUACUGUUUGAGAUAAAAAUAAAGGGAAAUGUUUAUGUUUUGACGUAAGAAGUAGCAAGAGAAAGACGUUUAUACAAAGGCCUAGAUAUUUGGGACAAGAAUGGACGGUGUGGAACAUCUGUAUAAAAGUUUUGGUGUGCUUGCCGAUGCCAAAGAAAAAGCUGGAGAGUUUCCUGAAGAGUAUCAAACCAUUUUAAACAGUUCAAAAGGAAGCAAUGGAGAAAAGCGAUUGGGCGCCACUUUCAUUCCACGUUUCUUCAAGUAUUUCCCAGAUUAUCAAGCUACAGCCCUGAAUUGCUUGUUGGAUUUGUGUGAAGAUGAAGACACUCCGAUUCGUAGGUUGGCAAUCAAAGCAUUGCCAACUCUAUGUUAUGACACCAAGGACCAUCUGACCAAGAUAGCUGACGUUUUAACACAACUUCUCCCAACAGGAAACGCUUUAGAAUUAUCCACUGUUAGAAAUGCGCUAAAAGAAGUUAUAGAAUUGGAUCCUAAAGGGGCAAUAAUUGGUAUAUUUUCUCAGAUCAACGCCGGCGAUGAUGAAUCUAGGGAACAUGCUGUAAACUUUCUUAAAGAAAACGUACUAGAAAUAAUUCCGAAAGUUUUCGAUCCUAAUCCCGACGCUGUGGAAGCACUAAGCGAGGAAAUUCAUAAGGCCAUGCCAGACGUGACCGGUGAUGAAUUUAAAGUUUUCAUUAGUCUUUUGUCGAAGUUGAAGUCGUAUAAACAUGAACACGAUCAACUGGUUGACUUAAUCGCUGAACAAGCUGAACUAGACAGUGAACUUCAGCCUAGUGACGCGGAAGCCCUAGAGAAGUUCGUCACUUGUACACGAAGUGCAAUUCCCUUUUUUCAGAAAGGUGCCAGUGCUGAGAAUUUCUUCGUGUAUUUGUUGGAGAAGAUUCUUCCAGUGGUUGAGGAUGUUUGCGGUGGUGAGGAGAGUGGUGACCUCAAGCUGGAUAUUUAUAAAAUGUUGGCAGAGAUAUGCCCGCACAAGAUUUCUGACGAGAAUUUGCAUUUGUCCGUGGAACCAAUCUUCAACAAAUUACUGCUCUACAUGCCUCUUCCUGUUGUGACCGAAGACAAGUCAUCUGAAGAAAGUGCAGAACCCACUGAGCCACAAAUUGUGUUCUCCUUCGUCGAGUGUCUCAUGUACAGUUUCCAUCAAGUUGCUCGCAAGUAUCCAGAGUUUCUAACGGCUGCGGAUGCCGCUGAUAGACUACGCGACUUUAAGUUGAGACUGCAAUAUGUUGGGCAACGUUGUCAGAUGUAUAUCAAACAAAUUAAAAUGUCCUUAAACGAAAAGUCGGGCAAGGACAAUGAAUAUAAAGUUAAAGCUUUGCGAACAACAACAAAUAUACACACCUUAGUCAAGGACCUAUUUCACUCUCCGCCUUCAUACAAUAACCAUGUUAAUCUUUCGUGGGUUGAUACAAAGAAGAACCCUACUUCGAGCACUACGGCGAGUAAUGAAAAACCCGAGGUGAAAACGGACACCGUUCUUGAUGAAAAACGGAAACGAGCUGGAAUUACACCGAUAACAUUCGAUGCUAGUUCCCCACCAAAAAAGGCAGCAGGCGAGAAAAAGACGAAGGUGGAAUAUUACCUCCCGCCUGGCAGACGCGCUAACGCAAGCAAUGGUAACGUUGAAGGCAAAUCAAUGCCUGGCCAAUACAACCGUGGAGGAUAUAAAAGCGGCGGUUCUCGUGGUCGCUUUGGAAGAGGGAGAUCAAGAGGGUAUAAUAGACGUGGGUGGAGAUGGUAGAUUUUUUAACUGUUACAAGUUUUUUACAUCGUGCAAUGCUCAUGACUUUGAGAGGGUCUGGUGCUAAUAUAUAUUGCUAAGUUAUGAACAAACUAUACGUCAUUGUUCUAUUUGAAAACUAACCUUUGAAUUUGUUUCGAUAAACUUGCUUUUUUACCGCAGUGUUUUAGCCAUGGGGGUAGGAACCGAGGGGCCAAAACCCUCCUAACUUUAAAUAUCACAGAAUAAGUGCCUUUUGCUUUGAGGUAAAGAUUAAGGAUAAAUUUAAUUAUAUAGAACUACGGUUUUCUGCAUGGCUUCGUACAGUUUAUUUUUACAGUCUACAUAAUACAUGUCGACUUUAAGUGCCUGUUCCACCAGGCGAGUGCCUUAUAGAAGUAAAUGCCCCUUCCUCCAUGCAACAUUCAUGUGCUUCCUACGCCUAUUGUUUUGGCAAAGCGGUUAUUAUAGUUCUUCCUGUGAUUAAUGCUGCCAGUGGUAAUUUGUAAUAUAACGAGUAAAUUCAGGUGUAUAUCGAUAGUUGCUUUUUAGUAAGACCCGUUUAUGAGAAGUCGAAUUUUUCAUGCGUCAUGAAUAAUGGUAAUGGUAAUGAGCUAAUUUCUUUUUUAAUCUUGCAUUCGAUCUAAAUAUUUAGAUCUUAUAUUGCAAAUUGACUAAAAGAUUUUGUGCAUUUUUUCAAGAAUCGUUAACCUUUGAUAUCUGUAUUUAUUGCUGCAACUAUAAACGUUAAACAUUCUCAUU